AAUCGUAAGAAAAAUGAUCGAGUUCAAAAUAUCUGCACCGGGCAAGAUCAUUUUAUUCGGAGAACAUGCGGCGGUGUACGGAAGAACUGCUGUGGCGAGUAGCAUAAACUUACGUACCACUGUUAAAUUCACUGAACGGUGUAGAUCACAAUAUUUAAGGAACAUCAUUAAGAUAGAGUUUCCUGAUAUCAAAUUAUCUUUUAGUUUUCCUUUUUACGUAUUUCGAAACCACUUCUUUAGUGAUAAUUUCGAUUAUCCAUCGGUCAAAAAAAAUAAUCAAUUAUAUAGUUGUGUGAGUGAUUUUAUCGAUUUGAUAAAAGAUUCAACAGACAAGAGCAACAAUGAAAUUACCAAGGAACAGAAAUUAAGUUUACAAGCGUUCUUUUAUUUGUUCGUUUAUAUCGCUUAUGAAGAAUGUAUCAAUGUGAAAGAAACUUCCUUACACGUGCAUUUAUCCACGGAAUUAAAAGUUGGCACUGGUCUGGGCAGUUCAGCAUCAUUCGCAGUAUGUCUUUCAGCAUGUUUUCUACAUUGGUCGAUUCUACAGAAGGGCAAUCAACACUGUACAUUUAACAAGGACGAGCUCGAUAAGAUUUCAAAAUACGCUCUAAACUGUGAGAAAAUUAUGCACGAGUCUCCGUCCGGAAUCGACAAUAGCGUGUGCACAUACGGUUCGGUAAUAAAAUUUCAACAGAAAAAGUUGAUGGACAUGUUACCACAUAUGUUGAAUCUGAAAAUUUUACUGGUUAAUACGAAUAUUAUUCGGAGUACAAAAGAUCAAGUCGAACGAGCAGCGCGUAUCAAGAAUGUAUAUCCUGACAUCAUCAAUCCUAUUUUGGAUUGUAUCGGUGAUGUAUCGCAAAAUGCUUGGGAAGUAUUUACAGAAAUGAACAAAAUCGCCGAUAAAGCUACAGAAGCUAUGGAAGAUUAUUGGUUUGAAAAGUUAUCGGUUCUUAUGAAUAUGAAUCAAGGAUUACUAAUUUCAUUAGAUGUGACACAUCCAAGAUUAGAGAUGAUUUGUGCAAUGGCAUUUACGCAUUCAUAUGCAGCAAAGCUUACGGGUGCUGGUGGAGGUGGAUAUGCAUACGUUUUGCUGCCGCCAGACAUUGAAAACGAAUCCAUCGAUCUUUUCUCAAAAGAAUUAAAGGAAAAUGAUUUCGAUGUCACGAUAAUCAAGCUAGGUGGUAGCGGAGUGAAAAUAGAGCAUUAAUUUGGAAUAAAUGAUUUAUAUAUA